AUGAUGAUGUCGUGGAUCUUCCUCUGUUAUGGGCUUAUGCAUUUCUUCAUCGCCGGCGCGGCUAGCCCCAGCCCCAACUCCAUAUCACUGGUUCCGCGCCCGCUGCACGCGCGACAGGACCCCGGAUGCGCACCCGAUAUCAUACCUGAGAUUAUUCCUUCCAGCUUAGAGGUAGCGGCGUGGGGGUUGACGGAUGCUGAUGACGACCCCGUGGCGCUGACUGACGAGUUCACAUUGAGCUUCACAACCGUCCUCGCUUCCCUUCAAGUGGCACCGAACUGCGAGGAGAGCUUCGAGUACAAUGGACUCGGAACCUCUGUGAUCAUGACCCAUUAUACUGGCAAGCUCGUCGAUAAGACCAGCGUCAUGGAUCUCGUUUCCAAGUUUGUCGAUGCCAUUGUCUCCGGUGCGCUUUCAGGUCAUCAAUUCGCCGCGCAAAUCUGCGAAGCUGGAGACCCUAGUCGGACCUUUGGGAUCGCCGUCGACAUUACGGGAGAGGGUGGAGCCGUGCAGCAGCUUGCGCAGGACUGGAGGAGCGGGGCCUGCGUAGUAGAUUUUGACCAUUCCCUUCUCAUCGACGGGCUACAGUACGCACUGUUCCCAGAAGACGCAAUCCCGGCGCCGGAUGGAGAGGACCCAUCGGAUCCAGGCAGCAACCUUUGA